CCUCCUCCGCCGGCGGCCCCGCAGUCCGGCCCGGGAGCGCGCCCACCCAUGGCCCUCGGGCCGCCGUCCCUGCGCCCAAGCCCAGCGCGCAGCCUCCGCCGCUCGCCCGGGGCCGCCUAGCCCCCGAGCGGGGCGCGAUGCCGAACGCCUCCCGCCUGGACAGAGCGCUCAGGAUGUCCCUGCCCCGAAGGUCGCGGAUCGGCUCGUCCGUUGGACCUGUUCGUCCUUCUUCGGGCUACAAGAAGGCGGAGGAUGAGAUGUCCCGGGCCACGUCUGUUGGAGACCAGCUGGAUGCACCAGCCCGCACCAUUUACCUCAACCAGCCGCAUCUCAACAAAUUCCGUGACAACCAGAUCAGUACGGCCAAGUACAGCGUGUUGACGUUUCUACCUCGAUUCUUGUAUGAGCAGAUUAGAAGAGCUGCUAACGCCUUCUUCCUCUUCAUUGCCUUAUUACAGCAAAUUCCAGAUGUAUCUCCAACAGGAAGAUACACCACCCUGGUGCCAUUGAUCAUUAUUUUAACAAUCGCAGGCAUCAAAGAGAUUGUAGAAGAUUUUAAGCGGCAUAAGGCAGACAAUGCAGUUAACAAAAAGAAAACGAUAGUGUUAAGGAAUGGUAUGUGGCAUACCGUUAUGUGGAAAGAGGUGGCGGUGGGAGACAUCGUGAAGGUCAUCAAUGGGCAGUAUCUUCCAGCAGAUAUGGUCCUGCUAUCCUCCAGUGAACCUCAGGCGAUGUGUUAUGUUGAAACAGCUAAUCUGGAUGGGGAGACGAACCUUAAAAUUCGUCAGGGUUUGAGUCACACUGCUGACAUGCAAACAAGGGAAGUAUUGAUGAAGUUAUCUGGAACCAUAGAAUGUGAGGGACCCAAUCGCCACCUCUAUGACUUCACUGGAAACUUGCACGUAGAUGGGAAAAGCCCUGUUCCCCUUGGGCCCGACCAGAUCUUAUUAAGAGGUACACAGCUUAGAAACACUCAGUGGGUCUUUGGCAUAGUUGUUUAUACUGGACACGACACCAAACUCAUGCAGAAUUCCACAAAAGCACCUCUCAAAAGAUCGAAUGUUGAGAAAGUGACCAAUGUGCAGAUCCUGGUGUUGUUUGGCAUCCUCUUGGUCAUGGCCUUGGUGAGCUCGGUGGGGGCCCUGUACUGGAAUGGGUCUCAAGGUGGAAAGAACUGGUACAUCAAGAAGAUGGACACGACCUCGGAUAAUUUCGGCUAUAACCUGUUGACGUUCAUCAUCUUGUACAACAAUCUGAUUCCCAUCAGUCUGUUGGUGACUCUUGAGGUUGUGAAAUACACUCAAGCCCUUUUUAUAAACUGGGACACAGAUAUGUAUUAUCUAGGAAAUGACACCCCUGCGAUGGCCAGGACCUCAAACCUUAAUGAAGAGCUGGGGCAGGUGAAAUACCUAUUUUCUGAUAAAACUGGAACUCUUACAUGCAAUAUCAUGAACUUCAAGAAGUGCAGCAUUGCUGGGGUAACCUAUGGUCAUUUUCCGGAGUUGACAAGAGAACCAUCCUCAGAUGAUUUUUGCCGGAUACCUCCUCCCCCUAGUGACUCAUGUGACUUUGAUGAUCCUAGGCUCUUGAAGAACAUUGAAGAUCAUCAUCCCACAGCUCCGUGCAUACAGGAGUUCCUCACCCUUCUGGCCGUGUGCCACACCGUCGUCCCUGAGAAGGAUGGAGAUAACAUCAUCUACCAGGCUUCCUCCCCAGAUGAAGCCGCUUUGGUGAAGGGAGCUAGGAAGCUGGGUUUUGUCUUCACUGCCAGAACGCCGUACUCGGUCAUCAUAGAAGCCAUGGGACAGGAACAGACAUUUGGAAUCCUUAACGUCCUGGAAUUUUCUAGUGACAGAAAAAGAAUGUCUGUAAUUGUUCGAACUCCUUCAGGCCAACUCCGACUCUACUGUAAGGGGGCUGAUAAUGUAAUUUUUGAGAGGCUUUCAAAAGACUCAAAAUACAUGGAAGAAACCCUGUGCCAUCUGGAAUAUUUUGCCACGGAAGGCUUGAGGACUCUGUGUGUGGCUUAUGCUGACCUCUCUGAGCAGGAGUAUGAGGAGUGGCUUAAAGUCUAUCGAGAAGCCAGCACCAUCUUGAAAGACAGAGCUCAGCGGUUGGAAGAGUGCUAUGAGAUCAUAGAGAAGAAUUUACUGUUACUUGGAGCCACAGCCAUCGAAGAUCGCCUUCAGGCAGGUGUUCCAGAAACCAUAGCGACUCUAUUGAAGGCAGAAAUUAAAAUAUGGGUGUUGACAGGAGACAAACAAGAAACUGCAAUUAACAUAGGAUAUUCCUGCCGGUUGGUGUCACAGAAUAUGGCCCUUAUCCUGUUGAAGGAGGAUUCCCUGGAUGCAACAAGGGCAGCCAUUACGCAACACUGCACCGACCUGGGGAAUCUGUUGGGCAAGGAGAACGAUGUGGCCCUCAUCAUCGAUGGCCACACCCUGAAGUACGCACUGUCCUUUGAAGUCAGGAGAAGCUUCCUGGAUUUGGCGCUUUCGUGUAAGGCGGUCAUAUGCUGCAGAGUGUCUCCUCUGCAGAAGUCUGAGAUAGUGGACGUGGUUAAGAAGCGGGUAAAGGCCAUUACCCUUGCCAUCGGGGACGGUGCCAACGACGUUGGGAUGAUCCAGACCGCUCACGUGGGUGUAGGGAUCAGCGGGAACGAAGGCAUGCAGGCGACCAACAACUCGGAUUAUGCCAUCGCGCAGUUUUCCUACUUGGAGAAGCUCCUGUUGGUUCACGGCGCCUGGAGCUACAACCGCGUGACCAAGUGCAUACUGUACUGCUUCUACAAGAACGUGGUCCUCUACAUUAUCGAGCUUUGGUUCGCCUUUGUUAAUGGAUUUUCUGGGCAGAUUUUAUUUGAACGCUGGUGCAUCGGCUUGUACAAUGUGAUUUUCACAGCGUUGCCACCCUUCACCCUGGGAAUCUUCGAGAGGUCUUGCACCCAGGAGAGCAUGCUCAGGUUCCCACAGCUCUACAAGAUCACCCAGAACGCGGAAGGCUUCAACACAAAGGUUUUCUGGGGUCACUGCGUCAACGCCUUGGUCCACUCCCUCAUCCUCUUCUGGUUUCCCAUGAAGGCGCUGGAGCACGAUACUCCGUUGGCCAGUGGCCAGGCCACAGACUAUUUAUUUGUUGGAAAUAUUGUUUACACGUAUGUUGUUGUCACUGUGUGUCUGAAAGCUGGUUUGGAGACCACAGCUUGGACUAAAUUCAGUCAUCUGGCUGUCUGGGGAAGCAUGCUGAUCUGGCUGGUGUUUUUUGGCGUCUACUCAACCAUCUGGCCCACCAUUCCCAUUGCUCCAGAUAUGAAAGGACAGGCAACCAUGGUCCUGAGCUCUGCACACUUCUGGUUGGGAUUAUUUCUAGUUCCCACGGCGUGUUUGAUCGAAGAUGUGGCGUGGAGAGCGGCCAAGCAUACCUGCAAGAAAACGUUGCUGGAGGAGGUGCAGGAGCUGGAAACGAAGGCCAGAGUGAUGGGGAAAGCGAUGCUUCGGGACAGUAAUGGGAAGAGGAUGAAUGAACGUGACCGCCUACUGAGGAGGCUCAGCAGGAAGACGCCCCCCACACUCUUCCGAGGAGGCUCCCUCCAGCAGUGUGUCCCCCAUGGGUACGCCUUCUCUCAAGAGGAGCAUGGAGCUGUCACUCAGGAAGAAAUCGUCCGUGCUUACGACACCACCAAGAAGAAAUGCAGGAAGAAAUAAGACGUGAGUUGUCCUGAUGGGUCCCAGGAAAGAGACGUGGUUUGUCGCGCCCGGUGUGAACCCAUCUCUGCCCGAAGAGACUGGUGUCGGCAGCCAGAACACCAUAAAACACAUUUCCGUGGCCUUAGCCAACUGGUUUGUUAGUCACACAGUCCCUCGCAAACCUGCAGUAGAUCCCGCGGGGGAGGCCGUCUCUUCCCCGUCCCGUGUGUCCGCAGCGCUUGGCCUCACUUCCGUUCCCGUUGUUGCGAAGCAUUCAGCCGUGCUCUGUGAGCCGUGAAAUUGAAAGCGUUACGUUUCAUUUAAACAUCAGUGCUAGCGGUCCUGGGAGAAAGGCGAGAGAGUGCCAUGCCCGGCUCGUGGAAUGGGAGCGGGGGCGCGCUCGCUUCCGGUCGUGUUAACUCACGGAAACUGCAUGGGGGCAGGCCGGCGUCUGGCUUUGAUUCCUCUUUGGUUCGUAUGACGUCGGCGUAAACUUCUCCACUGCGGUGAAAUCGCAAAAAACGUCCAUCAGGCUGGUAAGCCUGAGGACGCUUAUCGUAAUGCGCUCCACGGGCCCGGCAGGGCGGCCGGGUCGGCGUUCCGGGAUUCUCCUGCACCCUUCGCAGGUGCCCCCUGUGGCCCGGCGGGCUUCCCUGUCGCCGACCUUCUGCAUGGCUGGCCGCGGUGCUCGGUGCAUGGCCGCUGGUGGGCAACCAACCGAAAUCUGCACUGUUUCUUGCUCUAGCACAGAUUCAGGCUACCGAUGCGAGAAAUCCCCUCUUCCACACCGCCCUUUCCCUCCCGUAACUCAAGAAAAGAAAACAUACCCCGCAUGUAUCCUGAGCGUCUGUCUGCCUCCUUCCGAGGACAGGGAAGCCUGCGGGGUCGGGGGUGGCAGAACGCCUCCGCCAGCCUGCUCUGGUGAGGCUCUCGGCGCUCACUCCCCAACCUCCAGGCCACUGGACCUUUGGCACCCAUUUAAGCCAGACCUACACUUGUUCUCUUGGGAGUUGGGAGCACAUUUUGCGUUUUCGCUGCUGGGAAACCACUGAAUUUCUAGCGUGUCUCCCCGGAGAAGAGAAGCCCCUGUCACUCUGCCACUCUGAAAUCGGAGAGAAUGAGGGAAUCCAGUGGGAGAGUAAGGGGCCCUGAGGCUGGUGGAGGAAGAAAGCCAUCAAAGGAGAAAGCAAGAGGCAAGGACACAGAGACGCGGGGACGAGGACGCGGGGGGACAUUUUAGCCCAGUCUCAGUGGAAACCGGAAUCAAGCCCGGAAGCCCAGGCGGCCGUGAUGAUCUGCCUCAUGCAGACAGGAGGCUAAACAAGACCUUGACAGGCAGUUUUCGUUGAAAAGAAUUCUACAGGUUUCAAGGAAACGCCCUUUUCUAAAGGGAUGAGGUUUCCUUCCUUAUCGAGUCGGUGUGAUAUAUACGGGCACCUCCCGGAGAGUAAGGUGUCCUGAAUCUAAGGCAAGGAAGAGAAGCGCUGAGUCACUGACUUUGCAAACUGCACAAUGCCACCUUCUAAAUUUGGACGGAACUUGUGAGCCCUCAGGCAUGAAUGUCAGCACCUGGAGCCCUUAAUAAAUGGCCAGCCUGGAGGCACGUUCCUCUCCUCUCCGCUUUGGUUGCCAAACCAGAUUUUUGGAUGGCUUCACGUAAAUACUUCUGGGCAGCUGUUACUGCUUAAAAUGGCACAGUGCUUCUGGGGAUGGCUGUGCUAAAUGGGGAAAUAAAACAAUAGUGCACUUUGCUUCCUUAUCCUUUAUUUUUGGAACAUCCACAUCUUAUUGGGCAUUGUAAUAACUGAGAGUAUGAUUUGCUUUGACUAAGAAAACUAAUCCUUUGCUCAUGGCAUGACCAGGAUUCAGAGAGGGCUUACGGGGAAGCGGAAUGCCGUGAGGCUUAGAAAAUGGCCCUUCCUUCUUCCCCAGGAUGGUAAACCAUUUUUAAAUAGUAGAACACCCGGUGACAUGAAUCACCGGAGGACUGUCAUGCAGGAAUUGCGCCCCCCAGCCCACAAAAUGUGCCUGUAGUUAACACAACAGACCAAGGUAAAUGUCUUUAUUGGACACCCAGAGAGAUGAUGUCCUAAAUACAUAGGAGGAAUGAAAAUUUGAAUUGAAUGUGCGUUAGGCAUCCUGACUGUUUGGUUUCAUUUGGAACUAAGCCUGUCUGGAAAGGGGAACUCAGACUCACUCUUUGUCAAAUACUUAGUUCUUUCUUUCACUUGAAGCCUUCCAAAUUAGAUUUGUGAAUUACGGGGUGUGUGUGUGUGUGUGUGUGUGUGUGUGUGUGUGCGUGUGCGUGUGUGUGUUUUGUUUGGGCUUUUGGUUUUUUAUUUUAUUUUUUACAUUAAAAUGCAGUUCAGAUUUUCUGAGAUUUUAGUAUAUUUUCCAAUUCUUUUGAAAAUGGGACUAAGCAGUCUUUGCAAGUAUGAGACAUGCACACAGAAGAAACCGUGAGAUGGAAUACCUUUCUGUUCUCUUAUGCGGUUACGCCGUCUGGUAGCCAAAUGACUAAAUUGGGCUUCGAGGAGGAACAGCUGUCACUGUGUGCAGUGUGUAGUAUUUAGCCGCGGCCAGCUCGGGGGCUGUGUCAUUUGUCCCGUCUUCAAAAUCGAGGUCAGACUGUCACGCACAGCCCCUCCCCAGGGAGCAGGGUGGACUGGAGCAAGCUGCAUACUCUGGCUGUCAGCUCAGUGGCGAUGCCACAUGGGACUUGUCACUCUGCCACAUGGUAAGUGACAUACAGGCUGGCAGGUCAUACUUGGUCAGCACUACGGGGCCUGUUCCCGAUUGGGCUAAAGUAGUAGCAUCCACUGAGGCCCAGCCUCGGUCUGGGGUUAUGCACAGACCGCCGACUCUUAAAUUUGAGUCCACGUUCCAUUCUGGCUGACUCCACAGAAAGAAAAGACUGGCCAUUCUAUGCACUGAGUUUUGAGUUCCACUGCACACUCGCACGGGCCAGCAAGGGAGGCUGUGGCAAGUGCACAUUAAGCGGGCAGGAUAGGAGAACAGAAUAAGCCAGCCAUUUCUGCUUGGCUGUCUGGAUUAGCACUUGGUUGCUGAUCAGAAUGGGCUUCGUCAUCAUUUGGGGAUGUGGCUGACGUGUCCAUCCUGUCUCUGAGCAAACUGUUCAGGGCUUCUCGACCAGCGUUAUAUUCUCCCAUCUCCCCAAAAUGUGAUCAUCUCGGGGGGGAAUCGUAGAGCAUACAAAACCCGUGCUUUAGAGAAAGGAGGUGCUGUUGCUUUAACAUUCGCGGAGUAACAUCCUCAAACGUGAACCUGAGUUUUGGCAGAGCAUGGCUGGGAACUCUGUUGACGUUUCCUUUUCCCUGACAAGGCUUCAGGUCUUGCUGUAGGGAGCUGGCAGUGGAAAUCAGUGAUAACUUGUCAAGAAGCGGUGAAUAAUGAAAAAAAAAGUGAGUAUGAGCAACAAAUGUCUGAAAAUGCAUAUAGAUGUACAUAUGACAGGCGCUAAGACUGAAUUUUUUUAAAGAAAACUAUCGUCUGUAAUCUCCAUUUGUUACAACAAUGACCCUUUAUCUCCUUUUUUGAAGAGAAUCUUCUAUCAUAUUUCUGUUCCUAGGAGUUUCUGUCUUAGACCACAAGUUGGGUAGAAUGUUUGCAAAAUUCUGCUAUAGGAUGAGGUAGCCUUUCACCCUGACCAUGUGAAGGAAGUGCACACGUUUCAGCUGGCAUCUGGAUUACUACCGAGGGCCAUUGUCCCGAAGUAAUUCAAGGAGUGAUUUUGCCUCAGCAUUUGAAAUGUAGACUUCAUCUCCUGGGAUCCGUAAAAAUGGCGAACGGGGGAAAAUCUGGUUAAGCAGAACCCAAAAUAAUAACCUGGCAAAGAAAUGAGUUUGUCAGGUCAGGUUCAAGGAUGGCGUCCCCCAUCACAUUCGUUAAAUACUUUCUUCGUGCAAAUGCUUGUAUUAGCAAAUAGAGUAGUGAUAGAGACAGUGAAAAUAAAGCCCUCCCCGCUAACAAGGGAAGGCAUACCUCAGUUGGCUUUGUUGCUGAUUCUCCGUUGGCUCUAGGCAGUUUUUGGUCUAACCGUAGCCUUGGGAGAGAUUACUAAGUCUCAUCCUAGCCAUUUUCCCAUCCUUAAGGGUGAGGAGGAUGGUUACAAGAGUUUCCAUGGGGUUGUAGAGGUGAGAGUCCAAGAUCUCCCCCAUGAUGAUAUAUUAGGAAGUAUCUCCAAAAGGAAUAGACCUGGAACACUCUACCCGAAGGGUGGUAUUCUUCAUUUGUUUAUUUUUUUUAGCAUCCCAACAGAAUGCUGUUGUCCAGCAGUACACAUUUGCAUGAGCUUGAUUGACUGCCAGGCCUCAACUAGCACUCUGUUUGAAGCUCUCCCUCAGCUUGUUGGGUAUGACUGUGGCAAACCAGGAAUAAAAGGCCACGGCGGCCAGCACGGUGUUCGGAAGCUACAAAACAAAAGGGGGCAGAAAAGAGGGGCGGCUCACCCUGCCGUCCCGCCCCAAGCAAAAUUCGUAGCUGUUAACUCUGACAAACGCCUCUGCUCCCCUGAGGAGGGACCAAAGAGUGAUUCUUUUACACCUUGGCUGGCUCAUUUUCCAUGACAAUCUCUUGCCCUAGUUGCCUUAGAGACAUCCACUCUGCUCUUUCUCCCAGGCUCCAGACCAAGAAAAACACACUCACAAGAUUAGCCCACCUGGCAUUUCUUCUGACCUGGCUAAAGAAAGAAAGGAGACCUGUUCCUUUUAAAAGUCAGGAACUGCGUGUCAGGUGGCUUUGAUUUAUGACAGAAAAAGGAAGAAGAAAGUUGAGGUAACGGCACUAUCCAAAUAACCCUGCCCAGGAAACUGAGGGGUCAAGAGAGCUGAUCAAGAGCCUUUUAUAGGCAAGCUCUUCUGUGUGGCAGAGAAGGGGCCAGAAGGAGGCGGAAAGCCUGAAGGUGAGGAUGUGAACCCACCUCCAAUGGGAUUCGAUUCAGUCAUCUCCCUAAAGGUCGCCAAGCAACUACAGGUGGCUCAUCGAGCACCGAUUUCAAAAUGGAAAAAGAAAAUCGGCCCCGUCAUAGGGUUUCUCUCCUUCCCACAAGGUCCCUGCACCGGUAGAUACUUUCCGGGUUUUUCAUUAAUAAAAUCAGCGUGUGUGCUGACACGUGCAUUCCUCCACCUUCCUUCUCCCAUGUUACCAAUGAUCGCUGAGUUCAGAAGCACCCCCGCUGCUUCCCCAGGGGCCUCCCUCUGCAGGGGCCUUGCUACCAGCUGCCACCCAGCCAGCUGCAGGGGUGGCGCCCACCCCCCCACCCUCCCACCCUCCCAUCCCCGGGCCUGCCAGGAGCAGCCGGGUCUACAGCCUGCCCGUGCAUCAUCGUUCCUGCAGGUCCCUGAAUUGCUGUUUGAAUGUAGCAUCCUUGUGGUGUCUUUUUCAUGCAAGCAGAGCCACGUGCCCUCCUGUCUGCUGUCACAUCUGUGCUCAGAUUGCCUAAAUAUUGUUUGCGACAGGGAGGUUUUAAUCUGGUUAUACAGAGGGAAGCGGGGCUGUGGGGGCACGUUUAAUUGGCUCCCAGCAGAGUAGCGAGCGCGUCUGUGGAGUGUGGGGUUUUUUUGUUCCCUCCCUCUAGAAGUGUUACCAUUUUCACGUCCUAUUAAUGUCCUCUGGUUGUUAAAUUACAGCAGCACAUUAUAGCCGAGCCGGGUUCCCUCCUGGAGUGAAUACAAAUGAAGGGCAUUUACUUGUAUUUUUAGAGGUUUUGGAAAAUGUAGUGAUUUGUGGCUUUGAUCAAUCCUGUUGACUGGUAUAUGUCUGCACAAACCUGUUUCAAAUAAAUCUUUUGUUAAAGUAAA